ACGGUUGCAAACAUAACGUUCGUGAAUUUCAAGAGGAAAAGCGGGUUUCUCGCGCGAUCUUCAUUCUUUUUUUUAACGUGUAUGUGCUGUGUGUGCUUCGUGAGCGGCUAACUUUGUUGUUCUUGUUUUGGUGUUGUUCUUGUGGCGCGCGCCCAAAUUAACAAAAAAAAAAUAUACGAAUUCUGUUACCAACUAAAAAAAAUUGAAUACAAAAUAAAUUUAUAACCAAGUCCCAAAAAGUUGCACCUGAAACUAGGAGGAAGAAAAUAGGAAAAACAGGGAAAAUUGAAUCCACUGUGAGGAAAUCAAAGUAGUAGGAAGAACAGCGACAACAACAACCACAACUCGUUUGGUGGCAGUCAUCGCAAGAUCACAGAACGGGACGCAUCAUGACUUUCUACUGGUGGUCACACUGGUUCUGGAUAACCCUCAUCCUGAGCGUUAACUUGCUGUCCAGCCAUGUUCACACAUAUCCCAGCCAGGAGGCGGAGUCGCUGGCCUCCAGUCCACAUCCGCAUCCGCAGCCGGUGCGAACCACCAAGCUUUACCAGACGACGGUGACCCAGACGUGGGGCACCGCCACCCAGAGCAACAUCAUGGACCUGACCCACCGACCCACCACCAGUCGACCUGUGGUGACCCCCAGCUAUACUGGUGGUGACCCCGAAGAACUGGCGCAGAUCGAUGGUGAUGAUGCUGAGCAGGAGGAGCAGAUACCCCUCAACGAUCGGGAUCAGGAGCUGGAUGAGAAUGAGAAUGAGGAUCCCGAUCAGGAUGAUACCGAUCUUGAUCCAGAUGCGGAUGCCGAUGCGGAUGCGGAUACCGAGGAGGCUGCCGUAAACGAGGAGCUGGCUCAGUUCGAGUUCAAGCGAUCGGCUGACUUUACCGCCGAACAGCUCAAUAACUUUACGAAUUUCAGCAGUAGCACAAGUACAAAUGGCAGCAGUAGCACUAGCACAACAAAACCCCUUGCAAUCAGCAGCAGUAGUCCGGCCACAACGAGGAGCACCACCUCCACCAGCAGCAGCAGCACCACCACAACAUCGACGACGCCAAGAACGGGAGGCAGUGCAUCCACCACAUCCACAUCCACGGUAGCUGGUUCCCCGGCUACUCCAUCGACGCCCAAAAUCAACACGGAGUGGCUAUCCGAUGAGCUAGUGGCAGGGGUCACGGCCGAGGGCGAAAAGGCACCGUUCACUUUGGAGAAUGCCAACAAGGAGGAUGAACUUAGGCGGGCCGAGAGCGAGCAUAGAUCCCGCAAAUCCAAGGUCCUUUCCGCGGAAUACAAGCACAUCAAUCGCUAUAUUAACUUCUCCAGCGAUACCAAGAGCCUGCUGACCAGGUCCGCCUCCGCGGCGCCCAGCGUGGCGGGGGGCGUGGCCGGAGCCGGGUUCUACGAUGGAAGCAUCGGUGAUGAGGGCAACAUCUCAUCCGAGGCCCUGGCCAUUCAGCGAACAUAUUUCCUGGAUGCCGGCGCCAUUUCGGCGAUUUGCUUCACUGUCUUUGGGGUCUGCUGCACAGUGGGCACCAUCGGCAUCGUCCUGUACCGCCGCCGGUAUCUGAAUAAGCCGCAGGCUCUCAGCGAACCGGACUCGAGUGUCUACAUCGAUGAUAGCACCAUGCGGUUCUCCCUGUUGAUUUUGCAGGACAACUCGGAUGAGAUGUACAGCCUGGACAACGACUCGUUUCUCAAUUCGCUGGAGGCGAUGACAAUACAAAACUACUGGACGGAUACGGUCAAACAUACAAAGCUUUAAUUUCCGGCCCCUUCCGUUGGCCCCUCCUCAUUUUCAUUUUCGUUUUUAGUUCAGUUUUCGUUUCCAUUUUGAUUUUUAAUUUCAAUUCAUCAUUUUAAUGGAAUUUCAUUCCUGAUUUCAAAAACAGACAUCAUAAUCAUUAAGUAGCGUAGUGUUUAAGAAGCGUGUGUAUGUAUUUACUAAUGUUAGGCAACCAAACGAGCAACUAGUUUAAGCCCAAACUACCAAAAUUAUGUUUAGUGUACGUGUAGAUCCUAAGUGCGCAAUGUUUUUUGUUGGUCUUGGCUGUUAAUUUAAGGCUUCUUAACUUAACUUAACAACCUCCCCCCAAUUUCCCAGCUCUCUUAAUAUAAACCCAAUUGUACUCGUAUCUGUUAGUUAAUUAUUAAACCUUAUUUAUAUUGUUGACUAUUUUAUCGACCCCACCCCCGCCCCUUCUAAGCCUUAUUUUAAUAAAACCACCUAUUUAUUAAGUUUCCAACUUUAUGUCCAACAAUUAAACGCAAUCAUUCCUUCCAGUUUUAGCCUAUAGAGCAACUUUACACUGUAAUUACUGUAUUAAAAGCGAAGCAAGCAAACAACAAUUAAAAGAAAACAUCACA